GUGAUGGACUAGUGGUUGAGACACUGAGGAUGGGAUUCGGGUUGUCGUGGACUGCCAGCAACUGCAGUGUCUGCGAGCGGAGCGGGGGAAAGUGUGGAUUUGAUUACCAAGUUUAUCAGUUCAGAUGCUUCUGCACGGACAGGCCUCAUGCCCUGCGUUGUGCUAUUCCUGAUGGCUGGUGUUCUUUUGUUCGUCUUCCUCGCACUCUCUCGUCUCAUGCUCCUUUCAGCUGACGAUGGUACUGGAAAGACUCAUCCAAAUUGCCCUCCCUUCAAAUGUGGAAACUUAGGAGAACCAAAAUUCCCCUUCACUACAAAGGACCGGCCUGAGUACUGUGGAUUAUUCUUAAUAGAAGGUUGUGAUGCAGAUUCUCAAAAGAUCAGACUGGAGAGAAAGGGACCGCUUUAUCCAUUACAAAGUAUUUCUCAGGCUGGUGAUGUAACAAUCAAGGACGAAAGACUUGAGAAAUUCUUAAACCACCGUGACCUGCAAUGUGAGGGCUUGAACAACGUGGUUCCUCCCAACUCUUCUUCUAUAUCUUUCAGUGUAAUUUCCAAGAUAAACCUCUUAAAAUGCCAUUCUAGAGUAAGUCACACCCUCCAUACAGAUUAUAACCAUACAGGCUGCCCUGGCUACGUUAUCUACUACAACGGCAACAAUCGCAAGUUGCCCAACCCUCCUCCUCCUCAGUGUUUACCCAUUCAGCUUCCAGAAAAAGAAAAUUCAAAUUUCAGUAGCAUAUUUUCAGUCUUAACCGCCACACUCCAUCUUCAAGUACUAGUAUCGCCUGACUGCUAUCAGUGUCAUUACCAAGGAGGUGAAUGUCAGACAAACAGCAAAGGAGAAUUUCAAUGUUACAUGGCUCACAUUAGAAGUAACUCAAGACAAAGACAAUUGAGGUUGAAGCUAGGACUUGGUUUAGGCAUUGGAGGUCCAGCCAUUCUGAUGGCCAUAAUUUCAGCCUAUGUAUUCCGACUUCGACACUACAAAAGAGAAUGCAAUUCCACACACUCAAAUAAUGCUUCUUCUGAUCUUUCCUCAAAAUCAGACCUCGAAGGAGGGACUGUAUGCUUUGGGGUCCCCAUUUUCUCCUACAGGGAACUUGAAGAAGCUACAAACCAUUUUGAUUCUGAAAAAGAACUUGGUGAUGGAGGUUUUGGAACUGUGUACUAUGGCAAACUUCGAGAUGGGCGAGAAGUCGCAGUCAAGCGGCUAUACCAGCACAAUUAUAGAAAGGUUAAGAUAUUCAUGAACGAAGUCGAAAUCCAUAGAGGAUUGCGCCACAAAAAUCUGGUCACCCUUUAUGGUUGCACUUCACGACGCAGCCGUGAGCUUCUACUUGUGUACGAGUAUGUUUCUAAGGGCACCGUUGCUGAUCAUCUCCAUGGCGAUCGAGCUGAUCCCAGUUCACUCCCAUGGGCCAUUCGCUUAAGCAUUGCCAUAGAAACCGCUAGUGCCCUGGCUUACCUCCAUGCUUCAGACAUCAUACACCGCGAUGUCAAGACUACAAAUAUUCUCCUUGACAACAAUUUCUGUGUCAAAGUUGCAGACUUUGGGCUUUCCAGGUUGUUCCCAACUGAUGUUACUCAUGUCUCAACCGCUCCACAAGGAACACCAGGCUAUGUUGAUCCAGAGUAUCACCAAUGCUACCAGCUCACUGAGAAGAGCGAUGUGUAUAGCUUCGGAGUUGUCCUCAUUGAGCUCAUAUCAUCAAUGCCUGCUGUUGAUUUAAGUAGGGAUCGAGAAGAGAUUAAUCUGGCUAACUUAGCUAUCGACAGGAUUAAAAAAUGUGCAUUUGAUCAGUUGAUAGAUAAAUCUCUUGAUUAUGAAUCAGACGACGAAGUUAGAAAGAUGAUAACUGAUGUAGCAAAGCUGGCUUUUCGAUGUUUGCAACAUGAGAAGGAAAUGAGACCCUCCAUGAAGGAGGCUUUGAAGGAGCUAGAGAUGAUUCAAAAUGGAGAGUCCAAGUCAGAGAAUGCUGAGGGACUGCAUGAUAAUCAUCAAGUGUUUGAGAGUGAACGGCCUCCGCCUUCACCCUCUGAAUGUGAUGAGCUGGUACUUUUGAAGAAUAUCCGGCUACCAGCUUCACCCCUCUCUGUGACAGAGAAGUGGGUUAGCGUGAAUACAACACCUAAUUCCAGUUCAUAGAGUUCCUCCUUCCAUUUUGCCGAAUAGCUAGAAUGUGUAGUAAGAUCUCAUAGUAGACCAAAUAAAGGAGCACAUUUAUUGGUUAUUCAGAUAUUCUCCAGGUUGGAGUGGAUGUAAAUAGUAAAAUGAGCAGCAAUCAUAUAUACUAGCAUUGUCGCUGCGCCUAUGGCGCAGCUCAAUGAGCUGAAUAAUAUCAUGCAUUGAGGUUAAUCACCAUAAACACUUGAUUUUCCUUCAUAACUGUAAACACUUUAUUGUAAUUGAAACCAUCUAUAUAUAGUCAGUCAAAUAUCUUAUAUAUAUAUA